GUCACGCUGUCCUUUUUAACCCAUGAUUUGCAUGGCUUGGUUUUCCGUGAAGGCAUCGCCUACUCCGAGUGUAGUACUAGUUCACUGGAAGCACCCGAGAGCAGCGUUCAUCAUGAUACUCUAACAUCUGCCAUGGACACGAACGCUUCUGGAAACGGGACUCUGGAAACUGGAAACUGCUCCCAUGGAAACACGGUGGAGCUGCACAUGUACCCCACGGUUUACUCGCUGUUCUUCAUCGUCGGGUUUCCGGCGAACUGUCUGUCCCUGUACGUGGCCUGGGUUCUGAUGAAGAAGGGCAACAACUUGGCGGUUUAUCUGAUUAACUUGUCUGUGGGAGAUCUGCUGUACAUCCUGACCCUGCCCGUUUGGAUCGCCAUGGCGCUGGGGUACGCGCUGAACGACAGCCUGUGCAGCGUUAUAGCGGUGGUCAUGUUCAACAGCUUCUACGUGGGCUCGGGGUUCCUGUGCUGCAUCUCUGCGGACCGAUACUUAGCCAUCGCGUUUCCGCUGCAUUUCGCCCGCGUGCGAGAGGUCAGGACCGCCGUGCUGGUGAGCGCCGUCGUGUGGCUGGUGGAGAUCGCGCUUCACGCGGGUCUUCUCGCCUACACGGGGGCCAUCGGGAACCUUUCCGCCAGGCGUUUGUGCGCAGAGCCGAUGGUGAUGAGCUCCUCCGCUGCGAACGUGGCCAUCGCGCGCGCCGUCCUGGGGUUUCUGCUGCCCGUGCUCGUGAUGAGCUUCUGCUUCGAGGAGAUCAUCAGGGCGCUGAAGAAAAGCACCUCUACCGUGGUCAGCGAAAGGAGGAAGAUCUGCAGGCUUCUCUUCUCUCUCCUCUUCACCUACCUGUUGGCUUUUACGCCCUUCCAGGUGGUGAUGUUCAUCAGAGGACUGCUGGAGCCUGAAAACUGCAGCGUCGCGCAGAAUCUCAGAGACUAUUACAUGGUGUUUGUGGCCACAACGACAAUAAACAGCGUUUUGGACCCCAUCCUUUACUGUCUCAUUAGCGACAGCGCCAAAACUGAAAUGAAAAGGCUUUUUAAGCUCUGUGAAACACAACUGAGUAAGAUGUAUUCAUCUGUGGUGAAAACCUGA